GCCAAUGGCCAACACUGUAGUUAGCCUGUUUUCAAUAGUCCUGCUUUGCAUAACAGCAGCUCAAGGGAGGAAAAGACUUCACCUUAACAAUGAACGGCUAACAUCCUAUCCAGUUAUUAAUGAUAUUGAUGGUAUCUGCAAAACAAUGGUAGAGACACAAGGUUACACAUGUGAAGAACAUCAGGUUACAACAGAGGAUGGUUACAUCCUGAGCCUGCAGAGGAUGCCAGAAGGACGGUCCGGAGAGAAAGCUGACAAGCCGCCGGUGCUAUUACAACAUGGUAUCUUUAGUGAUGCUUCAACAUGGCUGGUAAAUUCUCCAGAUGAAUCAUUGGGAUUUAUCUUAGCAGACAAUGGGUAUGAUGUGUGGCUCGCCAAUGUUCGUGGGACACAAUACAGCAGCGGGCACACAUCACUUAUUCCUAAUGACACGGCCUAUUGGGAUUGGUCAUGGGAUGAAUUGGCUAGUUAUGAUCUUCCUGCUUUUGCCCAAUAUGUGUACAACUAUACUGGUCAGAGAAUACACUAUGCAGGUCAUUCCUUGGGAACUUUAAUGGCUUUAGCUGCUUUAUCUCAAGGGCAAGUGGUGAACAUGUUGAGAUCGACUGCAUUACUUUGCCCAAUUGCUCAUAUGAAUCAGAUUCCAUCACUACUAACAAAACUUGCUGCAGACACAUUUAUAGCUAAUGACAUGUACUGGUUAGGAAUCCACGAAUUCAAUCCGAACGGGGGUGGUGCGGCUUCAAAAUUUGUGGAAGACAUCUGCAAUAAACUAAACUUGAACUGCUCAAACCUAAUGUCGCUUGUCACAGGUCCAAACUGCUGCCUAAAUUCGUCCAGAACAGAUAUCUCUUCUGAGCCAACAGCAACUAAGAAUUUGAUCCAUCUAUCGCAAAUGAUCAGAACAGGAAAAAUAGUAAAGUAUGAUUAUGGUGACCAAGGACAAAAUAUGCAGCACUAUGGACAACCAGUUCCUCCUCUUUAUGACAUGACGGCAAUUCCAAAUGAAUUCCCUCUUUUUCUCAGCUAUGGAGGGCAAGACUUUCUAUCUGAUGUAAAGGAUGUGCAGGUUUUGCUCAAUGACCUCAAAGAUCAUAAUGGGAACAAGCUCGUGGUACUGUUCAAGGAAGAUUAUGCUCACCUUGAUUUUGUCAGGGCUGUCAAUGCUAAACAAAUGAUUUAUGAUCCUAUGAUAUCUUUUUUUAAUGUUAAUUGAUUUUACAAUACAUUAUUAAUUGUACUUCAAAUAUUGUAAAUAUUUUUGUUCAUCAAGUUGGUUCAAUAGAGUAUGUUACAUAUUUUAACCUA